AUGCAGCAGCGUGACUAUAAGCAGCAAAGACCAAUGACGAAGACAUUUAGGUGUCGGAGUAGUGACAGAAGUGUCAACAGGUACGGUUGGAGCUCUUCAGGGUGGCUGCCAACGAUAGCGAUUUUACUGCUGGUUGAUGUCGGUGCGGCGACGCCGAUGGCCUCUACCUCGUCAGAAUACGUAAUGGAUGGCGCCACGACGUAUUGUUGGGAAGUAGAUUCGUCUAUUUACUCCAACACAGUGGACCCCUCGGUGAAAAUGGUGAGUGCGGUGGGGGACGGAUGUCCCUUGAAGCUGUCUAUUACCUUUCCGACGGAGGACGUGUACGUGUACGACUCAGUGCAUAUUUCAUGGAAUGCCAAGAAGCGGGUCAAACCGGACGGCGUUUUCGAGACGAACAGCUUUAAUGUGACCGGUUUAUAUGCCGGGCUUGACCGUAUCUCGCAAAAAUACUACGAGAUUAUCGCUUCGCGCCUGCGAACAUGCUCUAUCGGCGUCGAUUGCCACCCUGUGACGACGGGGUCACAGCUGACAGAAAACACGACCAACAUUCCGCUAAAUUUUACGGACGGUCUGGCAGCGUUCGACUCGUCGGAGCUGUCCUUCGACCUUUCAGGAACUUACGCCCUGCUGGCCCACUUGAUUGUGCCUAGCAAUUCACCUACGUCCAAGCGGUACGAUUACGCGGUAUAUCUCAAAGUGCAGAUCUUGUCGCGUUCAAGUGACACCUCUGCCACUCCGUAUUCCGCAUCGACGAAUAAUCCAAAUAGCCCAGGUCUAUCGACGGAGGUUCUCUGUGUCAUUAUCAUAGGCGGCAUUGUGGUGCUUGCCUUGACUGUCAUUGGGUUUGUAACGCUGCGCUCUAAAAUUGACCGGAAUCCCGAGGCUAACGCAAACAAGCGACAUUCCGAAAAAUUCAAAGAAAUGUUCGGGUUUUCGAGCACAGGAGUACACUCGGGCGUUGGAGUCGCAGUGGUCAGCGACGGGGAAGCUGAGGAGUUUGCCAUGCUCAGUAUGGAUGAAGCUACGAUUCGGCAGAAGCGCGGUAGCACGUAUCUUAGUGCUUUGAACCGCAAACGACGUAGCGAUGUCGCAUCCACCGAUAAGAAGGUUAGCCCUAUCCAGUUUGCCGGACCGGUGGAAAGGUUGGAUCGUAAGAGUACGUUUGCUGACAAUGAGAGCUUCAUCGCUGGAGACAUCACACCGCAAAGUGUCAGCAUCGAAACGCCAGGCACUGGUCGUGGCAACUACACCAGCCUUGAAAACACACCAAAGGUAUUGCCACCCAAUCACUCCCCGUUUGAUCAAGCCAACGCUCCUCCUGGCCAAAUAAUGUUUAAUGACAUAAUGGAGGACGAGGUGGUCUCUGCUCGCUCACAGUCAGGUCUUGUAGUCGGCGCAGCAUUACAAUCUAAUUUAGGCGAUACUAGCGUAUCUGACGUGACGGAUUUGAACCUAACGGCUGUGUCGGAGCGCAUUAAGCAGCACUGCGCUAUUGUUGAACAGGAGGCAUCUAUCCAGAUUAAGCAAGACGUGCUAACUGCGGACGACCUACGCGAGUCUGAGACUAAAGGCCCGAUGGAGCUGAGCGACCUUCUGGCUUCACGUGUGAAAAAGUAA